AAUUUACAUGCAGUUAUAAUAUUGUGCCGCCAGAGGGCGACCGAGCCACUUAGCGGUUUGUGGUUUACAAGUUGAACGUCGAAGAAGAAGAAGUAUUUGGAAAAUGGCGGGUUCUACAGAUCAACUUGUUCGUCGUGUUUAUGAUUCACUUCAGGCAGCAUCCUGCCCCCUCCUGCAGGGACUGGACCUGCGGGAAGCAGACACCAUGUUGCAGCUGCUCUGCAGCCCCUCAGAGCUGCGCACCAGCAUCAUGGCCUGGAUCUUCAGCAGCAUCCACCCAAACUUUGUAAGCAAAGCAGUUUCAGUGAAAAACACAGAUUUUCUAAAUAAAGAAAUGGCUGCACUCGGGGAAGAUCUGAUACUCUGCAGAAGAGACGACUCUGACCUGAUCAGGGGUAAUACGACGCCUUUGCGCCAGCUUCGCUUCCUGGAGCAACUUUUAACACUAAUCCCGAACACAGCAAAGCCUUGUGGAUCCUGUACUGGCAGCGAGGCGCUCCUGAGUGAGCUUUUCGCCGAUGAGAAUCUGCCACACCUCAGACAGAUGCUAGAACCUGCGCUCAACCCCUGGCCUGCAAACAUCAGAGCUUUGCAUAAAAGCAGCAGAUCUCCCUUCAAACCCAGGAAGGAGGCCGGAGACGUUGCUGCUCUCCUGCAGAAAAUUCAGUCAGAACUCGAGCAGCUGCAGUCAAAGUGUGACUUCCUGGAGAGCCCACAGAAAAGCUCAUCUUUCUGUGCCAGCUCGCUGCGUCUGGCAGCAGGCGACCUUCAGCAGCUGAUGACGACCUUCUGCCCCGUCUACGAGAGCAACCUGAGAGCGCACUGCAGCAGAGAGCCCCCCAGCUUCAGCCCAGAGACGGACAUCUUCCAGAGAGUCCAGCAGCUGCUGCUGGCCUGCAACACGGAGCUGGAGAUGCUGAGCGAAGUGUCAGUAGCUUCUGCAUGUGUGGAGGAGGAGGUGAAGCAGCUGCAGACUCAGCCUCGCUACUGGAGUCACGGGGAAAAGCUCACGCUCGCGGAUCAGCUGAAAGACUUCUCCAGGAGGAUCGGAGUUCUUCUCUACCAACAACAAGCUCUGCCUACUAUUGACAAAACUGAAAAUGAACAAGUGUAAAUAACAGCUUCUUUGUAAAAUUAUUUUUUUUUCUAAAUAAAAACAUUCCUUUAAGUGUUUAUG